CUGAAGCCUGACUCUCCCGCGGGAAAACCCAAUUGGCCGGUCCGUUGCUGGCCCCAAACUUUGAAUCUUGCAUGCGUUUAGCCCAUUCAUUUCACUACAAAAAUACCCAAGAAGGGCGCGGUGGCACGGUGGUCGGUGUUGGGUGAAUUCCAUCCAGCAUGCUGUCAGUGGUUUCAUCUGGGUAACCCUCGUCUGGGGUUUCCAUCCUGUCCUGGCUGGGGAGGGGGGACUUUGGGCUCCUCCGAAAGUAUCAUCUAGAAUCUUUGCUGCCACAAAACUGUCAGAAGUUCUAUGGAUUUGUGGGAAUGUGCCUGUCCAAGGCAUCUGCUGCUGACUAUCUCAGGGAAGUGCAUCUCAAGCGCCUCAUUUGCUAAUUCCCAGCUCUUCUUCCAGAGAGAGGAUAGUGGUAAAAGACCGAGCUGGAUGGAUGGGUAUGGGGAGAGGGGCAGCACCUACAGCCCUGGGAUUCUUGCAGACCCUCGCUGUCUUUCUCUGCAUCUUCCCUGCAGCCACUUCUCAGUGCAAGAUCCUCAAGUGUAAUUCAGAGUUCUGGACUGCUACAUCAGGCACUCACUACGUGGGAUCUGAAGACGCUCCCGAAUUCUGCACCGCUUUGCGUGCUUAUUCUCACUGUACCCGGCGCACAGCCCGCACGUGCAGAGGGGACCUGGCCUACCAUUCAGCUGUCCAUGGCAUAGAAGACCUAAUGAGCCAGCACAAUUGCUCCAAGGAUGGUCCCACCUCACAGCCCCGUCUCCGAACCCUUCCACCAGGAGACAGCCAGGAGCGAUCAGACAGUCCAGAAAUCUGUCACUAUGAAAAGAGCUUUCAUAAACAUUCAGCUCCUCCCAACUAUACCCACUGCGGAUUGUUUGGGGACCCUCACCUCAGAACUUUCACGGACCGAUUUCAGACCUGCCAAGUGCGAGGGGCUUGGCCUCUCAUUGACAAUAAUUACCUGAAUGUGCAGGUGACCAACACUCCGGUGCUACCAGGAUCUUCAGCCACAGCGACCAGCAAGCUAACAAUCAUCUUCAAGAAUUUCCAAGAGUGUGUUGACCAGAAGGUCUACCAGGCAGAAAUGGAUGAACUCCCUGCAGCAUUUGCUGAUGGCUCCAAGAAUGGUGGGGACAAACAUGGGGCCAAUAGCCUCAAGAUUACAGAGAAGGUAUCUGGCCAGCACGUAGAGAUUCAGGCCAAGUACAUUGGUACCACCAUCAUUGUGAGGCAGGUGGGCCGCUACCUGACUUUUGCUGUGCGCAUGCCAGAAGAGGUAGUCAAUGCAGUAGAGGACAGGGACAACCAAGGCCUCUACCUCUGUCUCCGGGGCUGUCCCCUUAAUGAGCAGAUUGACUUCCAGUCCUUCCGUGCUACAGAGAGCUGGGGUACCCGGAGAAAGGGACCCAGCCCUCCUGUUUCCUCUCCAGAGAUCUUUACUUUGGAGAUGGCCACGGCCAGGUGCAAGGAGAAGCUUCCUGUAGAGGACCUCUACUUCCAGGCUUGCGUGUUUGAUCUGCUGACCACAGGGGAUGUGAACUUCACACUCGCUGCUUACUACGCCUUUGAGGAUGUCAAGACGCUGCAUUCCAAUAAGGACAAAUUGCACCUCUAUGAAAGGACACGGGACUUGCCUGGCAAUGCGGCAGCCACAGGGCAGUGCCAGGUUCUCAUCCUUUCCUUUGUGGCUGUGGUGUGGUGUUUGGUCUCAGUGUUCUCUUAGGUGUUUGUUGUGCAACCUAGAAGAAAUAGACUUUAGAGUGGGAGGAGAGAGCAGCCCCCUUACUUGGGAAUAUCUGUUAGGACCCAACUGGUCAGAAGGGAGGGGAAUGACUAGUGAGUCAUUCUCACUUCUCUGUCACCUGUCUUCUCCCUCCAAAGAGAAAAGAUGGGAAAAUACUGAUCCAGCAGGCAGGUUGGUGAAAGACCGUUACCUCAUGUAGGCAGAUUUUUUGCUUCUUUUGCUGGCAAGGGUAGUGGGCUUCACUGCCCACUGCCACCUUACUGCUCUCUUAGUAGCACUACAAGGCUGUAGUGACUGUGAUGUUGGAAUUUGUGAAAGUAGUGUUGUGUUUGAAUAUUGGGUGGCUGGUGCCGCCCGGCCAUUUCAUAAAGAGGGGUGAAAAAGAUCCUUUAUCCCCAAACUCCUUGCCCUCCCCUCCCCAGAGUAUGAAUGUGCAAACCACAAGACGCCCUGCACUGUGUGCCUCACGAAACACUAAAUUAGACUCCUGUUUCUCAGAUCUCGCACACACACUCACUCAAGCACACAUACACACUUGCACACACACAAUCAGUUGUGCACACACACACACAUGACACUUUGAACAGCCAAAUGUAUGCCCAGAUGCAUGCACACUUAAAAUGCACUGAAAUAGUGGACAUAGUGCACCCCAGCAUACAUGGGUUUCUACUGACACUCACACACUCACACACAUACACACACACACACACACACACACACACACACGUACACAGCCUCAUUUUACACUGAUGAAUACCCUACCGCCACACAGCACAUUUAUGUGUACUCACACAUAAACACAGAGAAAAAAUUCAGAGGUCUUUCACCAAUGAUAGUUUCCUUCCCACGUGCAUUUCCUCAUGGUCUGCAGGGUUUAUAAGGCCCAAGAAGAGUUGGGUUUGAGGAAAUCUUGGUGGUGCCUCACUAUAUAGUAGACCUGCAGCAGCUUUUGUUUUGCUCUUCACUUAAUUGGAACAUGGUUGUGUUCUCUGUGGUGGUGCAUUUUUGCCAUCUCCAGAAGGAGGUGUUGGCUGUUUUUCCCUGACCAUGGGUUUGCAGGUGUGAGAGGUGCUAAGAGCUCAAAGAAUUUAGUUCUUGUACCCACGCGACUCACCCUAGCUUUCGGAUGGCAUCCCUAAGUGACGUGUCAUCUGAUUUGGCACAGCUCCCCAGAGGGUCAUAACAGGGAAGGAAACCCCAUUUGCAAACAGCAGAGAAAUGCAAUGUGUGUUCUUCAAUGUCACUUUCGUUGUCUCCAGUAUAUGGAAUCCUUUCCAUUAAUGUCCUUUAUUCUCUCCCCUACGUGACUGUACAUAUGAAGAGAUAUAAUUGGUUUUAAAUGUUUAAACAGAAAAAGAUGUGUUUACUACUUCUGUUCCUUCCUAGUGUGGUGAUGGCAAGUGUUCCUUGAGAGGGAGAUGUAGAGUAGGAAUAGAGUAACAGGGCAAGCCAUGGAGACACCAGAGUGGAUGGGGCCAGCUGGCCUGCCCUGUUCGCCUUCAUUUUUCUGUUUCCUGGCCUCAGAAAAUCAUUUGUUGCCUCCCUCCAUGAUAUGGCAGCCUUUCCUCUUCUUCCCUGUCCUCCUGCUACUGACUUCUGGACCUCAGGAGGGCAGAUCAGACACGUCUGCCCAACUGAUACCUUCCCCUUCCCUUCUCACUGCCCUCCCCACGUGCAGUGCUCUUGGCUCCCUAUGGAGGUUGGGGUAGAAGAAUAUCUUCCUUGCUGGCCCUUCACCAUUUUCUAUAGUGGGUGAGGAGAAGAGACAAUCUCUUAACUCCAAUGUCAGCCUGAACUUACAACCAUCAUUCCCCCUUCUUUUAUAGAAAGGACAUGAGAAUUUCUCUAAAUGUAGAGAGAUGGCCCUUGAAAAUCUGUGCUUGAAAAUGCAGCCUUUCAGAGACAUCCCCACAGAAAAGGCAACUUUGCCCGUGCAGAUCUGGAGCUGGCCUCUUAACUGGCCCUCCCCACCCCCAUCCCAUAAAACACUUUCCCCAGAAGGACUUUCAACAUAUCAGCCAAUAAGCAUUGCCAAGGGAGCCACCGACUGCCUUCCCAGAGGCUGUUCCCUUUAGGACCUUUCCUGCGUGGACUCAAUGGGUCCAGGACCUUCCUGGCAGCAAGGGCUUGCUUAUCUCUAAGAAGUUUAGUUCUCUCUGCCAAAGCCACAAAGCAUAGCAGGAAGGGAACACCUUACUGCUCAUUGUAAGAAUAUCCUGUUGGGAGUAAAAAGUGAAGCACUUUAUUUUGGUUGUGUUUGAUCAAGUUCUGCUUAGAGGUGAAGAAACCUCACCAUGUCCAUGUGUGUAAAACCUAUGUGGAGUGUCACCGCAUGUACAUACUGUAAAUUAUUUAUUGAUGAGAUAAUGCAAGUAAAGUUUGGUUGUUCAUUUUUCUUUGCCCUCUUUUUUUU